AUGGCCAACUCAAGCCACCAAUACGACACCAUCCAAGGCCCCUACGAUUACAUCCGCACCGCCUCCAUCGCCCUCAUCGAGCGCGAAAAUGUGCAUACCGCCAUCACACCCUACAUCCAGGAAGCACGCAUCCUCGAGCUCGCAUGCGGCACCGGGUUCUACACCUAUCCCUUCGUAUCCUGGGGCGCCCAGUCUGUUCUCGGCGUGGACAUCAGCGCCGUCAUGAUCGACUCUGCGCCGCGUCUCGGAAACGCCGUCUCCUUCAUCCAGGGCGAUUGUUCCGUUCCGACGAAGUAUCAAGAUGGACCCUUCGAUAUCGUGUUUGCGGCGUGGCUUUUGAAUUACGCGAGUGAUCGCAAGGCAUUGGUGGAUAUGUUUCGCAACAUUGCGGGGAAUUUGAAGGAAGGGGGGAGGUUUGUAUCGGUUACUGUGCCGCCGACUUCUGAUCCGAUGGCGUCGGUGAAUGCGGAGGCGAGCGCGAGACCGAUGAGUCAGGGUGGAAGCGGGUAUUUGGUGUAUAGCCAUAUUCGAGAUGUGGAGGAGGGGAUUUAUUUUCGGGUGCAUGGGGAUACGCCGGUGGGGGAUUUGGAUUUUGAGUGUUAUCAUUUGAAAAGGGAGGUUUAUGAGGAGUGUGCGCGAGAGGCGGGGUUGAAGGGGAAGUUGGAGUGGGGGGUUACGGAGGUGCCGGAGAAGUGGUUGAGAGGGGAAGGGGAGGGAGGAGCUAGUUUGAAGGAGUUGGAGAGUUAUCGGGAGAUUCCUAAUUAUGGGAUUUUGGUUAUUGAGAAGUAG